AUGGAUCCAGUCUCCGCCAUCGGGCUGGUAGCCUCGAUAUCUACCCUCAUCAAGGCUAGCAAAGGGGCCUUGGCCCUGCUCAGAAGUUUCAAAGAUGCAGAACGAGACCUCGCCGACCUUGUUAAUGAUCUCGACCAGUUCGACGAAGCUCUGAGGGGAUUUGAUCGCGUCUUUCGCAGCCGCCAAACUAAACACCAUGUCUCCGCUGAUGUUCUUCGAAGGGCGAUCGAGGACGGACAUGCUACCCUGGCAGAAGUUGAGAAGCGCCUUAUCCAGGUUUAUAAGUCCGAAUCCUCCACCAUUCGGCGAGCUCGCUAUGUUCAAUACAAGUCACGAUUUGCAGCGCUCAGUGCUCGAAUUCAAAAUCAGUACGAUGCGGCACCAUCGUCCGCAUCCAGCAAGGCGCAGUCCGAGGGCUCGUACUCCAAGGAGGCAGGUUCCCUCGGUGGAGAAUUGUUAGCUGUCGACUCUGCAUCUUCUCGCAGGGCUUCCAUAGCGCUCUCGACCUCAAAUGACGAUUCAACGAGACUUCUUCAGGGCCAUCGAAGGAGCAGCAGUGACACACAAGCAAGCGACCUAGGGUCUGUCGUCAGUGCAAACUCUGGGCCACUCGUUAUUCGUCGAGCAUGCCGGCACGAUUGCUACUGCAAGUGUCAUAGCCCAGGGGCCACGGACCCAAAGAGCGAGUUUUCAAAGUUCAGCGCCCGGAUAUUUUACCAGAGCAGCCAGCCGAAGAGCAGGUGUUCAGAUCCUACUUGUGCAGGAGCGGCUAUGCAGAAGCCUAUCCCCAUUUCGUCCUUUAAGAGGGCCAUGUUGCAUCUAAUGACGUCAAACAGUAUCAAAAUUCGGUAUCGCAUAAAUACCUAUCGCACGGUUCCCGAGGGAUCUGAUGCGAUGCGAUACGUCAAGCAUGGAAAUCUGGGGAAGUUGAAGGCGGCUAUUCAAUCAGGCGAGGCGACGCCUUGGGAUACGGCGACAGACGGGUGGUCACUUUUGCAUACUGCUGCAUACGCACGACAGCUAGAGACCAUCCAAUAUCUAGUUGAGCUGGGAGUAGAUACUGGCGUGUCUGACUUCGGAACCAGAAAACCUGUUGAUCUGGCGUUCCUUAAAUCCAUUGGCGCAGACGCAACGCAAGCCGAGAAGGACAUUGUCGAUGUGUUUUCUAAAGAAGAUGAUUACAUCGAUGACUACGAAUUCACCCCCAUCCACAUCGCCGUCCUUGAUCUGUAUGAACAUUCGGAUCCGGAACGGCCAACUCUCCAAGAACUAAUCGACUUUGUUGACAACGCGAACAAUGCACCGCCAGACACAAACUGGGCGGCCUGGAAAACGAAGUAUCGCCACCGUUCCCCGUUAUACGGGUCAAUAAUCGAGAUAUACCGGGCCUCGGCGGCCGAAAUCGGCAACAGAAGCAGAGUGAUUCAUAAUCUCGCCGACCAGAAAGAUAUCAAGUUCCACUGGACACCGCUUCACUGGGCCAGCGCGAGUGGGCAGGCGGAUAAAAUGAAGAUUCUGGUUCAAAACGGCGCUGAUCCGUUUAUCCAGUCAAAUCUAAGUUUUAGUAUCAUUCAUUCCGCAGUGGAGUCAAAUGCGUGCGAGAGUUUACGCUAUGCACUGGAAAUCUCCAAAAACCAUCCAGACCAGCUUAAUAUCAAUCAGGCCAAUGUUUGGGGUGAAACACCACUUAUAAUGGCCGCGCAGGGUUGCCGGGUUGGCUGUGUGAAACUACUCCUGGACGCUGGGGCCGAUAGGAAUAUUCGACAAGAGAACCAACAAACCGCCUUGCACUAUGCAGGACUUUCUGACAGGGCCGGAUUAAGGAGAGAGACUGUCAUGCUUCUUUGCAAUCAGAAUGGAACCGAGCUUGCGAUUGAUGCGCAAGAUGAGGAUGGAAGGCCACCUAUCUUCGACUUUUUGGACGAUACCGAGUGUCUGAAAAUCUUUAUCGAGCAUGGCGCGAGACUGGACUUGUCUGAUAACGCUGGCAACAACAUCUUUCAUCAUGCUUGUAUUCAGGGGGAGUUGGACUCAUUGAAGAUUUUGCAACAACUAUCAGGUAAUGCGAAAGAUGUCGUCCGGAUGAAGAACCAGGCGGGCAAUACAGCACUGAUCGAGGCACUGCGGCACACUAAUGUCGAGUGUGCGAUGGUGCUCCUCACACUGCAAGAUGUUGGAGACAUGGUUGGCCAAGAAGAAUGGGCCGCUGUCCACUAUGCGGCAAAACUGGGUGAUACUGGAUUAUUAGAAGCAGUGAUGACCCACUCUGGUUUCGUCCGCGGGAUGAAGACGGGGGAUGGCAAAACGGCGCGGGUAGUGGCUAUGGAGGCCGGGAAUUGGCAGGGAGAGACGAGACAGUUGUUGAAUACCUACAACGUAGUGCGGUGA